AAAUAACGUACACUGGAGCACAUGCAGUUCUAAAAAUACCAACUCCAGUAUGUGCGUGGACGCGGUUAAAAUUAUAAACCUUUUUAGUUUGGUUUCUCACUUAUAGGUGCAGGUUAACUUAGAAGAAGGGGAUGAAUUGAAUGCGGCUGAAAGUAAAGUUAAAUUCCAAAAAAACAUGGAAACGGAACAACCAACUUUCGAAAUAAACCGUUUGAAACAUAAAGUUGCCCAGUUAGAAGCCGCACUAAAUUCAUGUGAAGAACGGGCAUCAAAUCUCCAAGCAGCAGUAGAUCUUUAUUUAAACUCCAUCGAGAUGCUGGAAUGCGUCGAGCAAAACACUAAUGAGGAAUUCUGGCUGCAGAGUCGAGACUACGACAAAUUACAGGAAUUAAUAGUAGAUUUAGAAAUUGAACACUGCGACAAUCUUCAAACGGUGCAAAUAUUGGAAGAUCAAAUAACUAAACAUAAAAAAUUAUUAAAAGAUAAAGAGAAAGAAACUUGCGAAUGCAAAGACCAAGUGAAAAAACUAGCCAAACAGAAAAAAUGCUACGAAGAAGUGGUUGCCUAUUUCAAAGAUGAGAUCGCGGUAAUGGCAGAACAAUUGAAUAAUUUACAAGAACUGCUGACGUUAUCCAACGAAUCGUCGCAACAAGAAUCACAAAAGUUUAUGCGAGCAUACGCGGAAAUACAAGAGCUGAACGAAAACUUGUCCAGUCAGUUGUGCGGAUGUCAGCAGAGAGCGGAACACGAAAGGCGAUUAAAUCAAUUGUACGAGACAAAGAUAUCAGAACUGCAAAAAAACAUUCAGGAGAAAGAACUCGAUCUGUGCCGUCAUAAGGAUACCAUCGGCAACAUAAGUGAACAGUUGCAGUCCUGUCUCAGACAAAACCAGGAGUUUCAGGCUACCGUAUUUCAAUUGAACACCGCGACUAUUCAACUGCAACGGGCAGUUAAAACGUACGAGGUUGAAAAUGAGUCUAUCAAGCAACGUUCUCGCGAAUGUCAAGAAAGGAUCGAGAGUUAUUCGAAGUUGUUGGGCGAAUUGAAAUCCAACUUACAAGAAAAAACCACGGAAUGUUUGAAAUUUGAAAAGGCAUACAAAAACAAAAAAACUGCCUUGAAUGCCGCGCAAAGUGAACUGUGCGAAUGCCGCAAAAAAAUGCAAGAAAAUGAAUUGAAUAUGGUCGACGUUCUGAAUGAUCUAAAAGAGAAGCUGUCCAUUAGCGAAGAUUCUAACAAUAGGUUGUUCGAAGAAUAUGGAAAACUGCAAGCUCAUCUUGCAAGCGUCGCAAACAAGGAGGCCGUGAAAGACCAAGAGAUCAAAAGGUAUAGAAAAAUCGUCGGAGAGUUGAAAGGCACGAUGAUGGAACUUAAUUCAGAACUUACCAAAGGAUUAAUUCAAAAAGAAUUAAAGGAGAACAACUGCAACAACAAGAAAUGCAAGAGAAACGCGGAGGCAACUUCGAGAAGAGAAGAUUCAUGCAAUUGUCCCUGCGAAGUGGAAUUCUAUCAGAAAAUGGUGGAUAUUCUCAAGAAAUCGAUCACUGAUUUAAAGGCGAAAUUAACGGACGCGCAGCAAAAGAACAAGCAACUAGAAGAAAGCGUAAAAAGAAAAGACACUGAAAUCGCAGAACUUGGCAAAAUUCAAGAAAAUAAAGACAAGGAGCUGAACGACUGUAGAAAUUUGAUUACCAAACUGACAGCGGAACUUCACGAUGCCCGACAAAACGUGUCGAAAUUAACAGAUUUGACGAAAAAGUUGGAGAAAGAAGUAAGUCAGCUGAAUCAAGAUCUCGAAGUGCGUACUUUGCAACUGAACGAAGACAACAGAAAAGCGCAAGAAAUUAAUAGUAGCAAGUGCGUUCAGUUAGUCUGUGCUCAGGAUGAAAUUCAAAAUUUAAAGGAAGAAAUGACAAAUGUCUUGAAAAGAGUCGACAAACUUGACAAAGAGAAUAAAAUGCUUCGUACUGAGAACAACCAGUUCCAGUGUACGAUAACGUGUUUGAGGGACAAAAGUGACCGAGUUCAAAGACAAUUGGACCAGUAUAGGGAAGAAAUGCAACACGUCACUGCCGAAAAGUGCGAACUGAUGCAAGAAAACAAACACCUCGCAGAUCAAAUGAAAACGUUGCAGUCAUCCUAUUACUGCAUAAAUUCGCAACAAAGAGGUACCGAGCAAUUAGUAAAGCAAUUAGAGGAUGACGUGGACAACUUGAUGAGUAAUAAAGAGGAAAUAUGCAUCGAAAGCAAAAAUAUUAUUAGCAACGUUCAAGCUUGGUUGCUCGAACAAAAAAGUAUUAUUGCAUAUUUAGUCAAAAGGCAGAAGGAGUAUUGCUCGACAAAUCAAAUCUUAAAACAUAAGAUAAUGGAACUGCAAGGACACAAACGGCCUGUCAGGCCCAUACAUAAAGACAAAAUGGAUGAUUCUAGAACAAAAAGGCGCACAGAAUGUGUUUCGCCUUGUAGCCUGGGAUCGCAAGGUAUAGCGUCGGCUUACGAACAUGAAAGUCCUUCUGGCAGUCCUUGUCCUAACGAUGUCUACGAUUGGUACUCCUCGACUUUCAGGAGCGAAUCGGAGAAUGAUUCAGCUGAUGAAGAAUUGUGUGUCACGAGAUUGAAUAACUUGACGCAGGAAAUGAGGAAAUCAAACCGAGCGUGGCUUCACCAAAGUAAAACAUAUGGUGAUUAUGGAGUGUCCAGAGAAACGAAAUGAAGACAUAUCGCUUAUGUCACAACUUAUAUACAAUGUGUAAUUUUAUCAUUUUAUAUUUAUGCAAUAAAACUGGAAAUUUUUCUUAAAUUUUUUUUAAACUGACUGGUCAAC